AUGGCUCCCUCCGCGAUAGAAGAACAAACCCCAAUCAAAAAGACCACCAUCAAGCCAUGGAGCCGACCUGCGCCUACUAAUGAGAAGCUUGAUUGGGCACCCCUAGUUGAGAUCGAUCUUUCUCGCUUCGACGAACCCGGCGGAAAAGAAGAGCUCGCAAAGAAAUUAUACGAUGCUGUGACACGAGUCGGGUUUUGGGUAGUGGUGGGACACGGACUCGACGACGAACAUAUCCUCCACCAAUUCAGUAUCGGCAAUGCGUUUUUCAAAGAGAAUCUUGAGGAAAAGCGGAGCUUCGAAUGUAAUUUUGCCGAGGGCGAGUACUUCGGCUACCGUGAAAACUCACGGUGGGUUGGAGAAACGGGUGUGAAGGACAAUAUAGAAAUGCUCAAUAUUCCCAAAGCCAUCCCUGCAUGGGAUGACGUUCCUAAACACAGAAUCGUCCGCCAGAACUACGAUGAGAUCUCCAGCUUCCAUCGAGAUCUUUUCGACAAGGUUAUCCGCAAGCUGUUUGUUCUAAUGGCAAUUAUCCUCGAAUUACCAGAAGACCACCUAGUCCAAGCCCACGCGUACGACAAGCGUUCCGAUGACCACUUGCGAUACAUGAUCUACAACACUCGCACGCAGGAGGAAUGGGAUAAGGCACAGGCCUACACCAAGGGCGGUCAUACGGAUUUUGGCAGCUUGACACUGCUCUUCUCGCAGCAUGUUGCUGGUCUGCAGAUCCGCGCACCAGACGGGGAAUGGAAAUAUGUGAAGCCUGUCGAGGGUGGGAUUACGUGCAACGUCGCUGACACGUUAUCGUUCCUUACCAAUGGCAAAGCCACAGGCUUCCUCAGAUCAACGAUCCAUCGUGUUGUCACACCUCCCAGAGAUCAGAUCAAUAUUCCCCGUCUCGGGUUGCUCUAUUUCUGUAGACCGGGUGAUCAUACCGUGAUGAGAACUGUGCCUUCGCCUUUGCUUGACCGUCUUGGUCUUCUAACUGAAGAAGACAAAAGUCAAAACAAGCCUGCCCCCUCGGGGACUGAGUAUGUUCGAGCUCGGGUUCGGGAUGUUCAUCAUAAGGCUGUGAUUGAUCGCCGGGAGAACACUUCGUUUGAGUUUAAAGGAUUGAAAGUGCCGAAUUAUUAUCAGUGA